AUGAAUAUAUAAAAUUAAGGUUCUGUAGAGUUAUCAGGAAAUCCAGUUUCAAGGGCAAAUGAAGAUGAAGCAAUAUAAUAUUAGAAAAGACUAUCUGUUAUCAUUUUAAAUCAAAUUGAAAGAAAAAGAACUAAAUAAAAAUCUACAAUUAUAUAAAGUUCAAAACAUGAUGCCUUUGAAGAUAGUAGAGUCACAAGAGUCUAUUUUGAAAGAUACAGAGUUUUAGAAUAAGGCAGAUUAUGGGUUAUUUGUGCUACACUUAUUUUAGUUGUUUUAGAGGUAAAAAUAAUAUCAAAUUUUUUUAGUAUGAAGUUUCUUUUUUGCAUCAAUUAAAUGACACUUAUGAUGAUGAAAUAAAAAUAUUACUCUAUUUAAUUAUGAUCCUAAGUAUAGUUACAAGUAAAUUAACAAAUUUAUUUAGUUAUUAUGACAUUUAUAGCAUAUUUAGCAGAACUUGAAUUUAAAAAACGUUCUCUUUCAAUUCCUAAAGCAUCAAAUAUAUUUUAAACUAAUUUAAUUUUCCUUUUAUCUUUAGAAACUAUCAUAUUAUUACCAUGUCCAACCCCUUUCACUACUGAAUACAAAGUAUUCUUCACCUAAAGAUAUACAAACUAAAUUAGAUUUUAUUUUAUAAAUGAAAUCUUGACUUUUAUUAUGUUAUUUAGAUCCUUAUUGAUACUCAACAUAGCAUUUAAAUUUCAAGAUUUCUAUUCUAAUAGAGUUAAUAGAUUAUGGUAUUUUUAUAAUUAAUAUUUUAAGUCGUAUUUAUUCAGUUGAUUUUGGUCCCCAUUUUAUAUUUAAAGUUGCCAUUAGAGAACAUCCCUAUUAGACUCUUUGUGGACUAUUUUGUAUAGGAUUAUUUAUAUUUUCCUAUUAAUUAGAGAUUUCAGAGAGAUCUUUAUUAAGAACACAAAAAGAAGUUUUAUCAUACAAUUUUAAUAAUUCUUUUUGGGUUUGUAUGAUAACAAUUUUUACAGUCGGUUAUGGUGAUAUAUACCCAUCAACUGAUCUUGGAAGAUUUUCAAUGACUUUAGGUUUAUUUUAUGGUGUAGCAUUAACAUCUUUGUUUACUGCUAUUCUAUAUGCUGAUUUAUAACCUUUCUCUUAAGAAAGACGUUCGAUAACAUUAUUAGAUAAAGCCAAUUUAAAAAUCUCAAUAAAACAAUUUGCUUAAAAGGCUAUGUUAAAUUUAUUUAAACUUCAAUCAUAUCUCUAUAGAUAAAAAAAUAUAAAAAAUAAUCCUGCAAUAAAAGAGAGAGUUUCUAAAAUAAAAAACGUUUCACGAAAAAGCGAGAAUUUAAGAAGGUAAUAUUAUAUAUUUUAUAAAAAUAAGAAUUUAUAGAACAAUUGACACUGAAGAUUUAAUUACAAUAGCUGAAAGAAGAUUUAAAGAAAUGAGUCAUUUUUUCAGUGAGUAUUAUUACAUGCUUGAAUAGAUGUAAUCUUAACAAGAAGUAUUGGAAGAUUUAGAUACUCCAAGAAUUCAUUCAAUUUAAAAAAGUCAUACUGUAACAUCUGCUAGUCGUGAAAUUAGAAGUAAAGACGAUUAAUACUUUGAAGAACUAAUUGAUUCUUAAUCUCUAAAUCAAUAAUUAAUGUAAUUUAAUGAUGAAGAAUGA